AUGGGGUCCAAAGCCUCUCGACACAAAUCAACAAGCAACAAAAAGAGCUUGGCCGAUCACUCUUGCUACUACGCCGUUCAAACCAAUUCAACAACUCAACAUUCCUUUUCCGUGAGAUUUGUUGAAGAUGAGGAUGAACAUACUGCUAAUAACAAUAGUAUCAAAAGCACCAGCUCUUGGAUGGAAUUAUUUGAAUCCACUCCGGCGUUUAUUCUCGAUUGUUGUUCACUUCGGAAUGACUUUACCAAUUCUUUUGAAAAUUCAGAAUUUAAAUCCUAUCCAUCGAUCCGUAAAGUGUUGAGUGGAAGUCGACAUUUAUUUAUUUGGAUGGAGGAUGAUGAGGAGAUGUCACAGACAUUAGUAACUAGAAAAACAACAACAACAACAACUUGUCGAAUGAAUGCGAAGGAUGAGAAUGAUCACUUUGACGACAAGGUGUUGAUCAAGGUUUGUCAUGCAUUGUUUGCUUGUGGAGAAAAUGAAUAUGCACAAUGUGGUUGCACUUUCUCAAUCAGUAAUACAUUUUCGACCAUUCAAAAAGUAGAUUUAAAUAUUCCCCUUUCAGAUUGUAGUCACUUACCUGAAAAUGAUUUACAAUUAUUACGAAAAUUGAGACAUCAUGUUUGGAAAUUGAAAAAUGUUUACACCACUUGUAAUUAUUCAUUCUUUCACAUUUUUGUUGAAUCAGAGAAUGAUUAUAUCAAUAAGUAUGAAUUAUUAAUAGGUUCUGGAUGGAAUAAUGUUGGAUGUUGUGGUGUUGGUGAUACUUCCAGCACUUCAGUGAAACGAAAAAUUGUCUUGUUUCAUUAUGAUGGAAAAAAUUCGGCAUUUCUACCGAAGCAUGAACAGAUUUCUCUUGUUUCAGCUGGAGGUUGUAACUCCAUUCUCGUCUCAUGGAAUUCUCUCACACAAUCUCAACAAUUAUACAUGUGCGGAGAAACAAUUGAACACAUUUAUGGAAAUAAUUACACCAAUCAUGCACCUCGAGAAGUUUUUUCUCUUCAUCCACUUUUUAUGAACCAAUUCAUUCUAUUGAAAGAGAAUCAAAAACAACCAUCUACAACCAUCACCACCAAUUCUUCACAAAAAAGAACCAUCCAAAAAGUUCAUGCUGCCUAUGGAUCUUCUCAUUUUCUUCUCUCUGAUCAUUCCUUAUUGUCAUUUGGAUAUUUUGCUCUCACGACUGGCCAGCAAAGAACAACACCUCAUUGGAUUCAUUCAGAUCAUCUUAAUGGAGAGAGUAUUAAGGAUUUUGUGGCCUAUGAGUCACAUUUUGCACUCUUGACCUAUGAAGGUAAUAUUUGGGUUCCCACUCUCAAUGAAGAAGAUUCUUUAUACAAGAAAACCUUAAAAGUCUUUGAAUUUGGACCUGGAUCCAUUUCACGAAUUUGCCUAUCACUCAAUUACGAUGGAGUGGUUGUUCAGUGUCAAGACAAUAAUCUUUAUAUCCUUUCAUCGAGGCCAUCUAUUGAUAUAUCUGUUUCGUCCUCUUUGUCUUCUUCUUCGACAACUCUUGUCAAGAGAGUGAAGGGAUUCAAGAAAUUUACAACGAAUACUGCCACUAGUAAUACUACAACGAUUGAGGAAUCCAACUCAGUUCAUAAUUAUUCUGAAGAAUCACCGCCAUAUUUGUCUCAUCUCACAAUGACUUCAUUCCUGCAACGACAUCCAAACGUGAAAUCAAAGAAAAUGUUACAACAAUUAUCAACACUUGUUUUAGAAGGAAAUGCACAAGUUUCAAUACAUGGUCUUCAUGGUUUGUUUUUAGUAUUUCAAGUAAGCCAAAAGAAGAAGAGAGCCAAAAAGCAAAUUGUGUCAGAAUUUGUGGAAUCAGUGGCAGUGGAGAGAGGACAAUUCGAAUACGUUUGUGGAUGUCAUGAUCACAUGGGAGUCAUAAUAAUAGAAACACAUGAAUAA